AUGACUACCUUCGACGUCUUCUACCUUUUGUCCGUUCUGGACAUGCGUGAGGCCGAACUCGAGGCCGAGCAAGCCAAAGCCAAAGCCAGCGAGAUGGCUAACCCGCUCUUCGUUCCAGGUGACUCUGCGAAGGGUGCCAAGCUCUUCCAGACCCGCUGCGCUCAGUGCCACACUGUCGAGAACGGCGGUGGCCACAAGGUCGGCCCCAACCUGCACGGUCUGUUCGGCCGUAAGACCGGCCAGUCCGACGGCUACGCCUACACCGAUGCCAACAAGCAGGCCGGUGUGACCUGGGACGAGAACACUCUGUUCAAGUACCUCGAGAACCCCAAGAAGUUCAUCCCCGGCACCAAGAUGGCCUUCGGCGGCCUGAAGAAGGGCAAGGAACGCAACGACCUGAUCACGUUAACGUCUGGGAUUGGUUUGGCGCCGUGGGCUGAUUACCGGGCAUCCGAGGGAGCGGGCAUGUACUAUUAUCUGAAAUUACCCGAUUGA